AUGAUGCACUUCAUAACAUUCGGUACUCAUGGAAUCUACAAUGAUUUCGCACGUCAGCUGGCCAAGAGCGCGCUAGCAGCCGGCUUCGACACCGCGACGGUCUACGACGAGACGGAUCUAGACCCCGCGUUCCGGGAAUCUCACAGGGACGUGCUCGCACUCCCGCGUGGCUUCGGAGCGUGGUGCUGGAAGAGCUAUUGUAUACUUAAGCGUCUGAGUGAGUUGGAGGAAGGAGACGUCGUGACUUACUGCGACUCUCUGUACGCGUUCAAGAGGGACUUUAGGGAGGCCGCGGAGGACUGGCUAAAGACCCAAGACCUGGUCUUGUUCGAGAACAAGCCUUCGGAGCCGAGCUACAAGGAGAGACACUGGACCAAGUACGAGGCCUUCUGCAUCUUGGGUGCAGACCCCGAGGUGCAUGGACAGACGUCGCAAUGCUGGGGUGGAUUUCUGAUGUUACGCAAGACUCCAGAGACCGUGAGAUUCAUCCAGGAGUGGUACGAUAGAUGUGCCAACGUACGCCUGAUGAGCGACGAAAGAAGCGUUCUAGGAGAAGAGCUUCCGGGCUUUAUCGAACCGCGCCAAGAUCAGAUGGUCCUCAGCCUCAGCUGGCAGAGGACGUGCUCGCGGUCGUUCAGGUGUUCGGUUGUCGAUGGAACGGGAGAAGAGGUUACGGAGGAGGAGAAACAGAACGAAGAAAGCGAGCAAAAAGAAGCAGAGGAGUUGAUCAGGAUGCGAAAAGUUCGGAUCCUCCCGAAGAAGUAUCAGAAGAGAAUGCUGAACGACUGGAGGCACGCGGCUCGAUACAGCUACAACAAGGCCGUUUUCCUCAUGAAUGAGACCGCGAGCUUCAAUAAGAUGUACCUCCGAGACAUGAUCACCCCAGCAGAAGUAAAUGGAGACAAGCCACACCUCUUGAAGACACCCAAGGACGUGAGGGCCGCUGCGGUUUUCGAAGCGGCCAAGAAUGCCAAAGCCUGCUUCAGCAAUCGAGAACGUGGGAACAUCACCGGGUUCCGACUCUCCUUCAAGACGAGGAAAAGGGAGGACUCGAAGGGGUGGUGCUUGGGGAUCGCAAAGACUGCUAUCAAGCGCAGGGGCGAUCGCACCCUGAUCAUCUACGGAGAUUAUUGCCCUUGGGAGUUCGAGACAUUGGGUGCCAUCGGCGAGAUCACCAAGGACUGUCAGCUGCAAUUCGAUGGUGCCAAGUAUUAUCUCCUGGUGCCCUACUCGAAAGCGCAUCCAGCAAAAGUGAAGGGAAACGCCAGAUCUCUCAUCAACGAGACACGAGAGGCAGUGAUAGCCCUGGACCCGGGAGUCAGAACAUUCCUGACCGCCUACAGCCCCAGCGAGGCAUACAAAUUGGGCGAUGGGUGUGCGCAACGCCUCUUCUCGUUGGCUAUCACCUUGGACAGACUGCUCGCUUUCGAGAAGCGCAUUCCGAAGGACCAUAGGAAGAAACGAAGAGCAGUGAGAUUGCGAAUCAUCAAGACACGAAGAAAGAUAGCUCAUCUGCGUGACGAGAUGCACUACAAGGUCGCGGACUUCCUCACACGAAAAGCGAAGAUCAUUCUGUUGCCGACAUUCGAGACCAGCGAGAUGGUUCGAAGAUUCCAAUGGCGGAUCGGGAGCAAGAGCGUCAGGCAGAUGUCGUUCCUGUCACACUACAAGUUCACACAGCGGCUGAUAGCCAAGGCUGCUGGAAGGGGAGUGAGAGUCCUGAUCGUUUCCGAGCAUUACACGAGCAAGACCUGUGGCAGGUGUGGGGAAGUGAAGCAAAACCUAGAGGGCCUGUCGAACACUCCGGUUAUCCAGCUGGACGAUGGGAAGAGCCAAGCAUACAUCGGACCACUGAGGAAGAACGUGGUGGAUGCCGAGAAGAAGGUAGAUUUCGAUGGACAGAGCGUUUCGGUGCCACUGGAUGUGUUUGGCGUGGGCAGAGACCAACUGACCGCGUUCGGGGUCUCGGCGGAGAAGCAGAACCAGAUGUUCCAGAAGUGGAGAACACUGCCUAAGAAUCAGCAAGAGGCUUACACUCAAAGCUGGGACUCCCUGGACAAGAACGAUUCUACCGCUCUGCAGGGGUUCCUUCAAGGGAUGAUAGAUGCUCUCUCCUAA